AUGGAGGAUUCGCCUUAUGGAGGUGGUGGCUACCAGCCCAGAGGCCGCGGCAUGGGGAGGGGAGGCCCCCCGCGAGGUGGUCGCGGCACUUUUGGCGACAGAGGACGCGGUGGUGGCAGGGGCAUGAUGCGAGGGGGCCCGCCGGGCAGAGGGGGCAGGGGCGGUCCCCCCAGGGGCAGCGGGGGCAUGAGCAGAGGGGGCGGUGACCGUGGAGGCGGAAGCUUUGGAAUGGGUAGUGGUGGAAGGGGUCGAGGCAUGGGGAUGAGAGGGCGCGGAGACUUCACCCCGAGAGGAGGUGGGGACAGCAGGGGCAGCUUCCAGAGAGCCAGCUGCCAGCACGGGCGUGUGUUGCAGGUGGUCGAGGAGGCAGAGGGGGCGGUAUGGACCGAGGCGGGCGUGGCGGGGGCGGCAGGGGGAGCUUCGACCGCGGCGGGCGGGGGGGGCGCUGGCCCCGUGGACAGGUACGGAGGUCCAGGGAAGAGAGGCGGGCCUCAAGGGGGUCCCAUGGCAAAGAGAGGGCGGUUCGACUCUGCGCCCGGAUCCAACGGCUACGCUCCGCCCAGAGCGGCGCCAGCGUACCCCCCUGCCGCGGCCAACAACCACUACUCUGUGGAGCCUCCUGCUUACGGGGCUCCAGGGUACGGGGGCAGCCAGUCGUACGGGGGCGGCCAGGCCUACGGGGCGGGCUACUCCAGCGCAGGCGGCUACGACGGGGCCGACUACUCCGGGGGCUACGCCCCCCCGCCCGCGGAGCCCGCGCCCGGCUACGGGCCCCCUCCCGCCGCGCCGGGCGGCUACGGGGUGCAGCCCGACAGCUACGCCGCGUACAGCAAGCCAGCCCCUGUCGUCGACAGUUACGGUGGGUACAGCAGCGGGCCCGGCUACGACACUGCUCCGAGCUACGAUGACGGGUAUUCCACCGGUGCCAGUGCUUACGAUGUUCCUGGUUAUGGUGGUGGCUAUGGGAAGCCAGAAUACGGUGGCAGUUCAGCUGGCUAUGGCCAGUCGCGUGAUUAUGGGGGCCAAUCACGUCGCUACUAAAAAGAUGCUAGUGGCCAUUAUCACUUUGUCAGGUUUAAACCACUAGAAGAAGUAUUUUUAUUUAAUGAUGCAAGGCUGCCAUAUGGCAGUCAUAAAGUCAUCUGUGUCAUCGUACUUUACAACUCCACAGUAAUGAAAAAAUUUUUCUCGUAAUGUGACGUCAAGAUAAUUUAUGAAUGUGAUUUUUGUCGUAAUAACAGAAUUGGCUCAUGUAGACUGUCCAUAGAUUUGAGGGAUCUUUGUUUUAUCAAUGUUAAUCAUGAUAUGUAACAGAUUUAUUAGUUCAGUAUUUUUGUGUCAUGUGGAAGAGCAGCUUUUUAAUGAAGCAUUCCGAAAUAACUUUCAUGAAUAAGCAGGGUUUUCUUUCUAUUCUGCAGUGUAGUGUUAGGCAAGUGAGAUCUGGACUUUUUUUACUACUUGGCUUGUCUUAGUUGUGCAUUGUAAACUUUUGUUUUCAAGUAUUAUUUGUAAAUAAUAACCAUGAGGUUUUCACCUUUAUACAA